AUGAGGACGCUAUUUGCAUUCUGUUGUCUCUUCUUGAUAACGAGAGGAGCAGACCAGCCGACGGACAACAACAACAACAACAACACGAACGUGACGGCCGACAGCAACAGAAGGUAUAUACAAAUCGGGGACGGGACCUCCCAGGAAUUUGAGUUUCCCGAAAACACUAAGGGCGUGAUUGUAAUCUCCAGUCAAUACCGAAGCGCUGCAAGUACGAAAGGCCGCGAGAGCUGGAAGCAGACGGUCAAGGUAAGCUCCUUGGACUCGGAGGUUCUUUCCAUCCUGAAUGUAAGCGACAGUCAUGCGGGGCCUGUGAAGAGUUUCAUUAUCAACAUAAGGUCUGGGUUGCCGGGUCUGGCACAACUGCUCAUCCAGCUAUUGGAGUUGGACCAGGAUUCUUUCCCGGUCGUAAUUGAAGAAAGGACAGACUACUCCAUCAGGGUGGCGCCUAGCAGUGAUGACCCAGCUGCCCAGCUCAUACAGUCGGGCGUGCUGUCCCACUUCUCUGAGAACCCUGUCCUAUUUGUCUUGCUGCCGCUCAUCUUCAUCAACAAGUGUGCCUUCGGGUGCAAGGUUGAGGUAGAGGUGCUGAGGGGUCUCCUGCGGAAGCCUGUGCCCCUCCUCUUGGGGGUCGCAGGGCAGUUCCUGGUCAUGCCACUGUACGCCUAUGGCCUGUCCAGGCUGGGCUCCCUGCCCAAGGCCCUCUCCCUGGGCCUGGUCAUCACAUGCUCUGCCCCGGGCGGCGGCGGAGGUUACCUCUACAGCCUGCUACUGGGCGGGGACGUCACCCUGGCCAUCUCCAUGACCCUGGUGUCCACCGUGGUAGCUGCAGCAGCCAUGCCCCUGUCCUCUGCCCUGUACGGCAGGCUACUGGGGGUCCACGCUGCCCUCCACGUGCCCUUUAUCAAGAUCCUGGGCACCCUUCUCUUCAUUGCCAUCCCCAUCUCCCUGGGCAUGCUGGUGAAACUACGUCUGCCCAAACUGACCCGCGUGCUGCUGGCACUGAUCCGGCCCUUCAGCUUUGUGCUCAUUGUGGGCGGCAUCUUCAUGGCCUACCAGAUGGGGGCGUCUAUCCUGGCCAACGUGAGACCUCAGAUGGUGGUCGCGGGGGUAACCGUGCCCCUGUUUGGGCUGCUGCUGGGCUUUGGGAUGGGGAAGCUGGCAGGACUGGCAGUGCCACAGAGGAAGACUGUCAGUAUUGAGGUGGGGGUGCAGAACAGCCUUCUGGCACUGGCGGUUAUGCAGCUGUCGUUCCGACGGGCGGAGGCUGACUUUGCAUCCCAGGCGCCCUUCAUAGUGGCGCUCAGCAGCACCUCUGAGAUGCUCCUCAUCGUCCUCGGUCACUUCGCCCAUCGAAAGUUCUGUACCCCCACCACCCGGACUGAAACCUGA